CACGGCCCUUCCUUCAAGGCGCCCAACAGACUUUCGGACGCGACAGGGACGUGGACGUGGUACGGACCGUACGGGGACCAGCGUCAUCGUUUUGAGAAAUCCAUCCAUGGGCCGAGCGGAUUAACAAAACAGCGUCGACGGCCUCUCUCUGCUAGUUCCACUGUCGUCCCGCCACUGCCACUGCCACUGCUCGUGCAUCCUUGCAUGGCCAGCUCUCUGCCACUUUCUUGCGUCUGACCAGCUGCACAGAAAGAACAUUGCGUGGCCAUUCAGCGGGCGGCAAGCCGUGCGGAACGCGUAACCUGGAACAACCACAACCACAGCUUUGUGACGCUCCCGCGUGACAGGCUGCAUUGUCAAGGAAGAGGAGGCCGACGACGUGGAUAUAUUAGGCAGACUGGACAACGUGCACCAAAUCCCACGACAGCGGACGACAGUAGCACAACAUGCCUAGAAAUCGAGUCCUGUCCUUUAUGUCCCAGUGGACGCAGGACAAACCACCACGUUCGCCGACGACCGACGAGAAGGAGCCAGCACGAUUGCAGAAGUCGACGCCGCCGCCAACGAACGACCGCGAGAACGAGAACCCGGCCAAGCGCCAACCGCUGAACAUCGACACCGCCAACACGGAGGCAACACGCUCGAGAGUAGACGGCUUCGGCCAGCAGCCUCCGCGCUCUCCCGCCACACCAUCGAAGGCUCGAGCUGAUUCUCGUUUUGGGUCGAGGCCUCUCAGCAUGAUCCAGACAUACAAUCCACCCCAGAUGGAGGUUGCGCAGGACACUCCGCCUGAGCUGGCACCCAUCUUCAGCUAUCUCAACAGCCACAGCAACAAACUCUAUCAAGAGGGUUACUUCUUGAAGCUGCAUGAUCUAGAUAGUCGGGGCAAGCCAAGUCAAGACCGAGUCUGGAAUGAGUGCUUUGCUCAGCUUGUGGGCACUGUUCUCUCCCUCUGGGACGCUGCGGCUCUAGAUGCAGCAGGCGAAGAUGGCGAGGUUGUGCCAACAUUCAUCAACUUGAGCGACGCUUCGAUCAAAAUGAUCGAAUCGCUUCCGAUGCAUGGUGCGCAAGGCGGAAGUCUGCAGAACGUGCUCAGCGUGUCGACUGCUGCCAACAAUCGCUACCUUCUACACUUCAAUUCUCUGAACUCUCUUACCCAAUGGACGGCUGGUAUUCGCCUGGCCAUGUUCGAACACUCUGCGUUGCAGGAAGCUUAUACUGGGUCUCUGAUUGCUGGCAAGGGAAAGUACCUUAACAACAUCAGGCAGAUCAUGGAGCGCUCUCGAUUCAUGUACGAUGAUUGGGCAAGAGUCCGAUUCGGAGCUGGCACGCCAUGGAGAAGAUGCUGGUGUGUGAUCUCUCCACCCGACGAGAAAGAGUACGCAAAGUCCCAAAAGACACUGAAGAAAGGAAGCGCCUAUGGACGAGUCCAGCUUCCUAAGGGUGACAUCAAAUUCUACGAUACCAGAAAGAUCACCAAGAAAACGAAGCCCAUCGCCACGAUCAACGAUGCCUACGCGGCAUAUGCCAUCUAUCCGCAAUCAAAACCACUCAUUGACCAGUCUACAUUGGUCAAACUUGAAGGUCUCGUCACCAUUCAUGGGUCACCCGAAACGACGACUGAAGGCUUUGUAUUCGUGAUGCCAGAGGUACAUGCAGCUGUCAGCGGGUUCGAGAUGAUGCUUAGGUGGCUAUUCCCCGUCUACGACACUUUUUGUCUGUACGGACGACCCACCAGACUUAUUGCAGACACACUUGAUCAGCGCGGACUGAUGUUCGCUAUGCCUUCAAACCGACGCUACGGGCACCUCGACAUCUUGGAUGUCUCGGGCCUCAUU